UCAAUCGCGUAUCGCGUCGUGGCCACGCGAUGAAAACAUUUGAAAUAUGUAUUAAAUAUAGAAUGUGGAUUAAUUAUUUAGAAUUGCGAUAUUUAAGUGAUUUAACGCAAGGAUGGGUCACGAUAUCGUCUUGUGAUAAAUUGAUCGCAUGCUGAACGAGCGUCCUUAACCUUAAAAAAGGCUUAAAUGCUUUUAUUCGACGAAGUGCAAUUAUUUAUAGAAACAAUACUCCUGUCGUAAAAUGGCACAACGUUUGAGCAGUAAACAGAAACUAAAAUCACUUUUAAAAGUGACCAGCACUGCUACUAUUUUCUAUAGUGGCUUUUGCAUUUACCAGAGUAACGAAAACUUUUACAACAAAUUUAUCAUACCGCUUGUACAGUUGGUGAAUCCUGAAAUUGCACACAAUGCUGCAAUAAAGAUUUUAAAAUGGGGCCUUUUACCUAAGCAAAAUACAGAUGAUCCGUCUUCCCUUGCUAUCGAUGUUUGGGGCAUGCAGUUUAAGAAUCCAAUAGGAAUGGCAGCUGGUUUUGAUAAGCAAGCUGAAGCUGUAGCGGGUUUACACAAAAUAGGAUUUAGUUUCGUAGAAAUAGGAUCAGUUACGCCAAAACCUCAACCUGGCAAUUCAAAACCUAGACUUUUCAGAUUAUUAGAGGACAAUGCAGUUGUUAAUCGUUACGGAUUCAACAGUGAAGGCCACGAAACUGUAUGGGAACGUUUAAAAAGGCUCAAGGAAGGUCAGAACUUCCAUGGUAUCGUUGGAGUUAAUUUAGGUAAAAAUAAGACAUCGGAAGAUGUGGCACAGGAUUAUAUAGAUGGCAUUAAGAAGUUCUCGGAUGUGGCAGAUUACUUUGUGGUUAAUAUAUCUAGUCCCAAUACACCUGGAUUAAGAACGAUGCAGAGAAAGGAUGAUCUGGAGCAGUUAUUAACAAAGAUAAACAAUGUUAGACAAUCGAUACAAAGCAAACAACCAUUGCUGUUAAAGCUUGCUCCAGAUUUAUCUGAUUCCGAGAAACAAGACAUUGCAGAUGUAAUACUGAAAGAAAAGUCAAAAGUAGAUGGCUUAAUAUUAUGUAAUACUACGGUCACGCGUAAUAAUUUAACGAGUCCUUUUAAAGAGGAGCCUGGAGGACUCAGUGGUGCUCCUUUGACUGACAUUUCGACCACAAUGAUCUCAGAUAUGUAUAAACGAACGCAUGGUAUCAUUCCCAUUAUCGGAGUUGGUGGAAUAUUUACCGGAGCAGACGCUUACGACAAAAUCAAAGCUGGUGCUUCUUUGAUACAACUUUAUACGUCGUUUACGUUCCGGGGACCACCAGUGAUAGGAAAAAUUAAACGGGAAUUGGAUGAUAUGCUGAAACAAGAUGGUCUAGUAUCUAUUAAAGAUGCGAUUGGAAAAGAUGCCAAUAUUAGAUAA